AUGUCUCUCGACCAGAGAGUCCAGGUCUGGCUCAGCAACAUCCAACAAUCCACCGACGAUCCAUCGCCUGCACCCGAACCGUACGCCGACGUCCCGCCCAAUCCCAUGAAACGCCGACGAGUCGAUUCACCACCUCGUGAGACCUGGCCAAAUACCAAGCUGUCACCCAACGACCCGUUCUACAAUGCCAAGAAGAGAUGCCUCGAACUACGGGCUAGGGGAGACAUGCUCGACAAAGAUAUAGCCAAGGAGAUACGCCUCCAGGAGGCUAAAAACGACAUGCUCAGGGAAAAGUUAGCCAGAAUGGAGAAUCGAUCGCUCAAGAGACGAGCGACCGCCAGCAACCAAGUGUCCUCCGAGGUGCAGCAGCAAUACUGUAACUUCAUCAGCUACAGUACAGGCAAGGUUGAACGGCGGCUCAUCACAGUACCCAACGUACCGGCUCUUGAGCCUUCUCCACCAACAACAUCCUCUGCGCCAGGACGGGAGCAACGAGAAAUAAAAGUCGAACCAGACACCGAGCCUGUAUCAUGGCCAGAAGUAAAUCCCGAGCCUAUCACCGAGCCGAUCGAGAGAACAAUCGUGCCUGUUCCCUAUCCCAAUACAACACUGAUUGCUCCCCCUUCGCCGGAAUGGGAACGCAUACUCCGAGCAGAAGAGGAGUUGCAACGCGAGGUGAAAGCUACAAUGAGGCUCGAGACUACAAUGAGGAUACAGGUUAGAGACAGACUCGUCGCUCGAAAAAGAUCCCAAUCAUCAGAGUUGACGAGCCUCCUCAAAUGCAUCAACGACAUCUACGCUGGUCGUGGUGUCCUCCCCUCAAGUGGCCGAGUCUUCAUGAAGGCAUGGACGGGUCCUAUGCGGAAAGAAAUGGCUUGGGCGCAAGGCGGAUCUCAAAGCGAUGUUCAUUACUGCUCCAAGCGUGAUAAAGCAGGCAACGCGCCCAGUCACCAUUGUGUGCAAAAGGUCCUGCACCAGACUUCUCGCUGCAUGGGAUAUGACGCUCUGCCACACGAGUGGAACAUGGAGGUUGUUCACAAGGUUCUCGAGCUGUCAUUCAGGGAUGACAGUACCUGCAGGAAGCCUCAACUUAUCGACUUCAGAUGCAGCGUCGAUGGUGCCAUAGUUCCAGAAUACCAUACGAGUCACGACAUCCCGCAGCCCCCCGAUUUCUGCGUCUACAUCGACCCAGCCAGCGACCCAACCAGCGACAAUAUGCCAGCCCCCAUCGAGCGCUUCGAAAAGCACGUAUACAGAGACAUCUUCAACCACAUCGACCUAAGAUCUCCCCGAAACCAGCGACCGAUAGCCUUCCACAUCCACACCCUCCCCGAGAACACAGAGCACGAGCUCCAGCGCGUCAAAACGGCCUCCGCCGCACAUCGAGGGUUCCUCAAACGCCUAGUGAGAUUGAGAGAGAUAGCCGAUAACGGUUCAAGAUACGACCUGCCCGGAUUCCUCCCUGGGAUCAUCAUCUAUAAACAUAACUGGUUCCUCAGCGUUUCCAAAUUCGAUGGGGAAAAUGCAAGGUUUUAUGGGAUCGGGGAUACAGCGACUUCCAUGGGUGUUUACAAGAUCGUUUAUGCGCUGCAGAUAUUGCGGGAUUGGGUCAAGACGGUUUAUUGGCCUUGGCUGCAGGGGCUUUUAGUGGCGUGGCCUUUGGAUUGGGAUGGAAUGCCUUUGUAA